AAUACAUCAAACCAGUGGUUUGCUUCAUAAGUACAUGCGUGAUAAGAGCUAUCCCCAGUCUAUUUAUUCACUCGACAAAAUGGCCKCCAACGUGAGGUGUUUUUCGAAUUUACURAAGCUUGACUUUUCUCUUGCAUUUGUUGCUCUAUCUAGCCGAAACAGGCAAGCAGCAUUUUCAGGAAUGGGAAUUGGAAGACGUUCUAAGCAGAUAGCAGAUUACAAACAAUUUGUGAGGGGUUAUCAUCUAGCUCCAGUAUUGGGUGUGAAAGCAUCAAUUUUAUCAAAUGACAAACCUUUAGAGAAAGCUGACAUUGGUUGUCCAAUUUGCAGCGCAAAUAUCUCAUUUUCACACAAGGAUGUUCUAUUUUUGGCACAGUUUCUAUCACCAGAAGGAAACUUGCUGAAUAAAAGAAUUACAGGUGUAUGUGGAAAACAACAGAGAAAGCUAGAAAAAGCCAUAAAAAUUUCCAGAAGACUAGGUCUUUUACCAAAGUGUGGACCUGUCAAUCCUGAUAAUAAAAUUCGAAACUAACAUAUCAAGAAUUUUAAGUUUGUACAUAUUACUUUAUAAUAAUAUAUGGAAAAUAAAGAAAUGCAUUGGUUUGUA